AUGUAAUAAAAACAUUCUCAUGAUUUAGUAAUUAGCAAAGAUAAUAGGAGUACAUAGAGUGCUCAUAAGUGUAGAGGUAGGGAUUCACCUCAUAAAUUAUAUCAAAAUCUAACACAUAAGAAUUCUAACCAAUCCAAAGACAUUAAUCUCCUUCAAAGUUUUUCAUCAAUUCUUAAUUAUAGACUAUUAGAUAAAACCAAAUCAUUAUUUAUAAACAUCUAUUGAUGUUAAUGAGUUGAAUAGGUCUUAAAAGACUCAAAAUUCUCAUUAAAGAAUAAAAACAGAAGUUGACAGAUCAAUAGAUUUGAAUAAGAGAAUCUAACCAAAAGUAAUAUCUGUAAUAUUAAGUAAAUUAAAUUAAUCUUAAUAUAGAUAAGAUUGAUAUCCAUAGAAAUAAUUAGAAUACUCUAGAUAAGAUUUCAACAAGUAAGGCUAAUAGACUCAGAACAAUUAAAUUGAAUUAAGGAAGGUUUUUUAUUUAAAUAUUAUAUAGUGUAAAGAGAUAUCUAGGAUAAUCACAAUAAAUACUUCUUUAGACCUGAUAUCAAACCAUAAAUAUCAAUUAAAGCUAAUAAUUAUCUAAGUAUUUUUAAUCUAACUUAUUUAUAGAAAUUAAUGCUUAAACUAAUUAUUAAGACUCUACUCUAGAUGAUUAAUCUUAAUUAGAUUAUUAGUAAAGUAAAAUAAAUGAAUUAAGAAGGAAUACUAAUCCUAACUAAUUAAAGAAAUCAAUAUUUUAAUAAAUAUAAGAUUUUAAUUUAAUCAAAUUUGAGUAUUAAAAAUCUAAUUUAAUAUAAUAGUUAAAUUCAUUUAGCUAAAGAAGAAGAUUAUAUGAAGUUUUCAUUUGGUUUUCAAUAUAAUCAAGUAAAAUCUACUAAAAGGUUUCCAAAAGAUGUAUUUUAUAAUGAUGUAAGAAAAGCCAAAAAAAAUUUAUCAAUGUAAUGA